AUGACUUCCGCACUCAUCUACGCGCUUACUCUGAUAUUCGUGCUGAAUGCGGCCAAUGGUGAACGGGCGGCAGUAGAUGAGCUCGACGUGGACUACUCCAACGAGUACGACGAUGUGCGGCCCCAUCUGUUGUACCCGGACGAGUCGCGGCUGGACAGGCAAAUCAGCAAUGCUGCUCGGGACUUCGAGCAGGGUAUCAGCAAUGCCUGGCAGUCGAUAGUGGAUUCAGUCCGCACCUAUUUCGAGCAGCUCAAGAAUUUCUUCAGCGAUGGACGCGAGCCCAAUGCCGGCAACGAAGUAUUCUCCAUGGAUGCAUAGCAUCUGAUCUGGUUGCUUUUGACUGAAUAAAGUUUGAUGGA